AAGAAGUAGAAUUAGAAAAAAAAAAAAUACUAAUGAAUGCUGUUGCCGAUAAGAAAUGGUCCUCCGUUGGGAACAACGAAUCAUCACCUUGAACAGAUGGCGCUCCCGCCUAUUUUUGUUUACGAUUGGAGUGAGUGGAAUGAGUGCUAGUUAUUAUCGCCAGUAUGAGCAAGAAGGAUGGUGGUGAGUACACGGAGAAGGUGAGACGGUACAUGGAGCAGCAGAACAGACCGUACAGUGUGAAUGACGUGUUCAUGAACCUACACAAGGAGGUUGGCAAGACGGCGGUACAGAAAGCCCUGGAUCAGCUGACGGCAGAAGGAUCAGUGCGUGAGAAGACAUAUGGCAAGCAGAAAGUUUAUGUGUUCAGCCAAGACCAGUUUCCUCCCCUGGAUGAGAGUCAGCUGCAGGAAAUGGACAGAAAAGCUGCAGAACUCAGUGCCACCCUGAAGGAGAAGGAGAAGCAGCUGUGUGAGACAGAGACUCAGCUUAGGCAGCUCAUGUCCACACCCACCACACAGGAGGCACACAGCAAGGCAACACAGAUAGAGGAAGAAGUGUCCCGCCUGCAGCAGAAGCUAAGCGACUUGACAGAGAACCGCGUCUUGGUUUCCAAGGAGGAGCGGGACAAAGUGGUGAAGGAAAGCGACGCCAUGACGAGACAGUGGCGCAAGAGGAGGAGGAUGGCGAUGGAUAUUCUGGACGCCAUAUUGGAAGGCUACCCGCACCCCAAGGCACAGCUGUAUGAAGAGAUAGGCAUCGAGACGGACCAGGAUGCGGGAGUUACCUUGCCCAAAGUCUGAAGAAAGCUAUGACAGUAUUAGUUGUUGUUGUUAUUGUUAUUAUUUUUUUUCAUGUGUUUACAGCUUUCUUUUCUCUCCUGCGUAAUUUCGUGGAAUAUAUUGCCAAAUGUGAAAUUCUUGUGGUUUGAGAGAGAGAGAGAGAGAGAGAGAGAGAGAGAGAGAGAGAGAGAGAGAGAGAGAGAGAGAGAGAGAGACCUGUAUUUUCCA